AUGACCGAUUCACCGGAAGAUCUGUCGGUGGAUUAUGAUGUCAUCGUUGUCGGAGCCGGAAUCUCCGGUUUAACAGCCGCCCGGGAGUUGAAAAAGAUGGAUCCUUCGAUCAGGGUUAUUAUUUGUCGUUUCAUUGAUAGAAUGGAUUGCAUUAUGAGGAAAAACAACUAUAUUAAAACGAGGAUUUUUUUAAUUGCGGUCAUUUAAUUUUUUCAAGUAGUUUUGCUCUAUUUUUUGUUCUCGACUUUUUUCAAAUAAUUUUAUUUGAAUAAAAUUCUGUUUUGUCUUGUGAAUCCCAAACAUUCGAAAGAAGAAUAGAGAGAGAGUUUUAAUUAAUUCCCAAGUUUCAUGAUUAAAUCUCAGUCUUGUAAAUCCCGAAGUUUUAAAAGAAGAAUAGAAGAUAGUUCUAACAAAUUCCCAAGUUUCAUGAUUAAAUCUGGAUUUGGAAGGUUUUGCACUUUUUUUUCGUUAAGAUCCUGAUCCUCGAAGCGAAAGAUCGCGUGGGAGGCCGUACGCAUUCGGUUGAGCUAAAGGGCGCUCACUAUUCGAAAGUCACGCUUGAUUUGGGAGGUUUUAUUCGAGUGUAGUAAUUGUAAUUUUGAUCAAAAAUUGUUUUUUUCCAGGCCAAUGGGUCGGCAGAACGCAGCGGAACAUUUUGCGAUUGCUCGAUGAACUUGGCUUGAAAACGUAUGAUCAGUAUAGUGAAGGGGCCAAAGUCGCUCAAAUUUCGACUUCCGCGCCGAGAAAGUACAACACGGCGCUGCCGAUCCACAGUAUACGGUAAGAUGGUCUCGGAGUGAAUCCCAUGGUCGUUUUAAACGUUUUUGACGAUUUUUUUACAAAAUAUCAAUUUUUUUCUGUGCAAAGAAAAAAAUUUUUUUUGCUUUUUUUUACAACGAAAUUAUCUUAUUCCGUCCUUUUUAGCAUAUUUCCUUUGGAAAAAAAUCAAAUUUUGUUGUUAAAGAAGAAAAAAAUUGGCAAAAAAAGGUGAAAUUUAAAAAUUAAGUUCCCUUUUUCAGGACCAUUUUCUGCUCAAAAAAACGCUUUCAGAAGGUUCUGAAGGCACAGAAAUUUCUCUUUUCAACGAAAAAGAAGCAAUAACUUGAAAAAAAUUGAUAUAAUUUCACAGAUAAUGUUCUCUAAAAUGAUAUUUUUCCAGACAAUUCUCACUGUUUGAAAUCGUCGACACGGUCGCCACACUAACCAAGUUGGAUUGGCUGACGAAAAGAGUUGGUUAUUUCCUCUCUGAUGAUGGCAAAAAGCACCCGUUGGGCUAAUACGUCAUAUUUUUGCUCUACGGGCGCUACUGCCGAUCACCCGAUGGUUUUUAACAUUUCGGAGGUUCCUUGCGCCUAAACGGGGUCUCGGCGCGUAUAUUGGGCGUUUUCGAAAAUCCGCUGAACUACGGGGUCUAUAGUCUGUUCAGUUUUGAAAUGUCAAGUCCUCGCUGAAGCUCCGCCCCUUAAUGGCGCGAUAAACCAAUCAGAGAGCGAGCCAUCCACAGAGCGUUUUCGAAUGACGUCAUUCUACUUGACAUUCAAAAUCUAACAGACUAUAUUCGCGGCUAAAAAUUGUGUUCCGGGUGAUCGGCGGUAGCAUCCGCGGGUGCUACUCACCAGCAUGCUAUCUUAUUAGAAACGGAAAACAUUGAUAAAAGUCGAUAUUCUCGUUCAGAUCACUGCGCCCAACUGGUUUUCAUCGAAGAAAGCCGUGAUAUUAGAUGAAAUGACCGUUUCAAAGUGGGGCAAGGAGAAUUGUUGGACCAGGGCUUCUUUGGACGCCUUGGACAUUUCCGUCAGAUCAGUCUAUGGCGUCGAACCGAAUCGGUUUGAUUUCACUGGGAAAAUCAAUGAAUCUACCGUCUAACUAUCAGUUAGAGAAAGUUGAAAACCUUGAUCUUUUUAAGAUCCAAAAACCGCCUUUUUUCCAUUUUUUCGAUUUUAUUUGAAGUAAAAUAUGGAGAAAAUGACUCUAUCAGAAUGUCCAUAAGUCCAUAGAAGGAGCUGAUAAGAUUAGAAAAGUGAAAAUUAUCCAGAAAUCCACGAGAAGAACUUCUUUCAUCUCUAAAUGUAGAGAGCUCCAAAAAAUUGAGGGCGGAAAUUUGGUCACAUUGUCCAAAAAGAGUUAUAGAGGAUGAAGUAAUAAGGUUAAUUGAGUAUUUGAGCUGAGAAAACGGAGAUUCGAGCUCCUAGGCUGAAAAAGAGGAAUUUUCAUAGGCUGAAUUCAUUGAGGGAUUUUUCGAAAAUAAUUUGAUUUUUUUUUAUUUUUUUCUUUUUUUCUUUGAAAAAUCAUAGUUUACCGCUUUUUUUCAUUACUAAGAAGGGAUGAAUUUCUGCCAAAAAAAUUGGUUCAAAAAAAUUGGGAAAAAAAGAAGUUAUAAAACUCGAGAAAAAAAUCUUUGAAUGUUGUCAGUUCUCUUUGAAAUGAACCAAAAAGUGUUUCAUAUUUUGGUUGAAAAUUAUCAUUUUCCUCGUCCUUCUUCAGUAUGAGCAUGCUCUACAACGUUGUUGUUCAAAUCAGAAAAAAUUUUCGAGUUUUGAAUCGAAGAAAAAAAAAUAGUUCAGAUUUUAGUAAAAUUAUCAAUUUCCUUGUCCUUUUUCAGUAUGAGCAUGCUCUACAACGUUGUCGUUUGCAAAUCGGCCGGCGGUUUCAUGAAUCUCGUCGAGUGUAUUGGCGAAGGAGCGCAAGCGAUGCGUGUGGCGGUGAGCUGAUUAAGAAGCCCUUAAGUGGCCACUUCGUCCUAUAUUUGAAUGAUAAAGUGGGAAGUGAAAAUGUUUGAGUAGUUAUUACAUAUUCAAAGUUCUUAGGAUAGCCAGGUUUUUGGUCUCUAGGGAUGUUAGGGGAAAAAAAACAGCCCCUAUAGGGGUCUCUAGGGCCUUACAGGAGCCGCUUUUGCAAGCUUUAGUGUCCCCUAUAGGGGCAGGUAUAAAGGUCCCUAAAAGGAAACCUUCAAGGGUCCCUAAGGUUGCCCCUGUAGGGACCACUUGUGUUUUUUAAGUAAGUAGGAAAAAAAAGAACGAAUUUUUUUUGCUGAGCUAAAAAAAGUUUCAAGAGGUCACUAGAGGGACCAUCUUGCGUUUUUUUUUUCUCGAAAAUUUUCAGCUUUUCUUCAAUAAGAAUGAGAUAGAGCAAAAAAACCCUCUGAAAAUCACUCUAAUGAUCACUUUCAGACCCUUAAGUGAUCACUUCAAUUUCUAUUAAAAAAAACCUUUUUUUUCAAUUUUAUUUUUCUAAUAGAAACCAUGACUAACAAGACGAGAAAUUCAUUGCAAUCCAGCUUAUUUUUGAAUUUUCCACUCGAAUGAACAUCUUUCCCGACCUUUCUCUGCGGAUUUAUUUGCCCAGACGGCCUAGUCAUCCCUGUUUAUGAAUUUCUGUAGGAAAUAUCACCGAGCAAAAAUCUUGGGUAUUGACCAGGAAAUGGAAUUCUUUAUUUUUAAACUGGAUUUGGAACGAAAAUGAAGAGAGAAAGGUGAUUUUUGAGAAGUUGAUGCGAAGAAAAUAAUAGAAAAAAAGGGAAAAAUGUUAAAUUUUAGCUGUAAGUUCGAGUAAAUAAGUUUAUUCUGAAAUUCUAUUUUUCGAAAAAAAUAAUAAUAAAGUUCCAAAAAAACAUCCUUCCAAAUCUUCUAAUAAUUAUAUAAGAAGUUUAGAAGUCGGCCGAAUAUGUUGACUCAUUUUUUUGCUCCACUGAUAAAUCCGAACCUUCAAAGUUCCCCAAGUACAUUCGAAAAAAAUGGCUUUUUCCUACUGAAAACGGUCCAAAAAAAGAUCAGAUUUUUGAGUAUAAUCUAUAAUCUAGUGUCAUCCAAGCUUUAUGAGAAAUUUACGAAAUUUUGAAAAAAAAAAUAGAAGUUUUUCAAAUUUGUGGCUUUAUUGAUUGACUCACACUCUGUGACUGACUCAGAUUUUUUUUUUGGAUGGUUAAUUUUUUUCCUAGUCGAUGUUUCAGGGCGGAACCCAGCAAAUUUCCAUCAAAAUGCUGGAAAACCUGGAAAAAGACACUGUCAAAUUGGGCCAAGCUGUUUCGGCAAUCGAUGUCGAUGAAAGUUCACUGAUUACUACGAUUUAUACUUAUGAUGUUGAUACGAAAGAUGAGGUUGGUCAAAUUAUCUAUCCUGAAGUUUUAAGUAUGCAAAAAACAGAAGAAAAAUGGUCGUUUUUUCAAAAGAUCCGAAAAUAUUGGACUUUUUAUGUUUUGAAGCGAUUUUUGUAGGUUUUCUUGUGUUAAAUUUGUUAGACAAUUUUUUUUUUGAUAAAAAAAAGCCUUGAUUUUUGAUGUAUUAGACCAUGAAAUGAUCGUAUUUUAAAGAUUUCCCCGUUUUAUAGUCUCACCCAAUAUUGUGGACUAUAUCGCAGCGAGAGUAAUGCUAUACCGCGGGGGAGUCGCGAGCGAUAUUGCUCGCCUCUCGCUGCGACCUCGCAAACGUCUUGCGCUAUAUCGCUCUCUGAAAAAAAUUUUUCUUCAAAAAAAUGUUUUUUUCCUUUAAUUUGAUCCAUUUCAUCAUAAAAAGUCAAAAAAAUAAAGCAAAAAAAUUUUUUUUUAUAUUGAAAAAAAUUUAAGAGGAAUCGAUAUGGCAGCGAGACUUCGACGAGGUCGCAGCGAAAUGUUGACGAUAUCGCAGCGAGAAGCCUUGGCUAAAUCGCGUGCGGCCCGCUGCGAUAUCGGCAAUUAUGUUGGGUGCUAGAGGAUACAGAAAAAUAGAAGGAAAAAUGAUCGUGUUUCCGAGAAAUCCGGAGAAUUGGAUUUGUUUUUUUUUUUGAAGCGUUUUUUGUAGUUUUUCUUGUGUUAAAUUUGUUAGACAAUGAAAUUUUUUUCAUUGAGAAGCGAUGAUUUUUUUUAGACCUUGAAAUGAUCUUUUUUUAAAGAUUCCCCGAUUUCCAGGCCUCAUAUACCUGCCGCCACGUAAUUUGUGCGAUUCCGCCACAUUUGUGCGGCCAAAUUCGGUUCAGUCCAACUUUGCCCGAAUUGAAGGUUGGUUUUUUUCCAACUUUCAAUGAAAAUUACGGAAAAAAAGCCAUGGAACGUAAUUUUGAGACUUGUUUUGGUGACUGAAAAUGAAUUUUUAAAAAAAGUGAUAGAAAAAAAUAUUAACGAUAAGAAAAAUUGAUAAAAAUUUCAAAUUUUCAUUUUUUUCGCGCCUUUUCUAGUCUCUUUUUGAACUCAGAUGCCAUUAGCUAUGAAUUUUUUUCAUGAGUUUUAUAAAUUUUCAUUUUCUGCUUUUUUUCGUAUUAUUACAAUUUUAUCGAGUUUUAGAGGAUAGAUUCCGAAAAAAACCGCAAAAAAAUUAAAAACAUCAUAAUUUCAAAUUCAGAGAAGGCUGUUCAGUAGCUGCCCCCAAGGCAACCUGGUCAAGUUCCUGAUCACUUAUGAAACGGCUUUUUGGCGCGAAAAUGGACUGUCUGGAGAGAUUAUCAGCACUGGGAGGACGGUGACGCCGGGGGAGGUAGUAAAAGGAGAAAAAUAUCCAUUUUAUUCGAGAAAAAAUCUCGAAAUCUUCUGAAUCAAAAAAAGCUCAAAAGUUCUUUGUUUUUUCAAUCACUUUUAACUGAGAAACGCCCUAAAACCUUUUUUUCAAGGUUCUUGCCAAACCCCCACCUUUUUUUCUAGGCCCCGCCGAGACUAUCCCAUGUAUUCUCAAAUUUUAUUGAAGAAAACUUCAUUUUUUAAGGAUUUGUUUUCUUCUUAGUUUCCAUUUUUGUCUAACGAAAGCUUUAAAAAAUUUAUGAAUAGAAAUAUACGAAAAUUAUUAAGGUCCUACCAAUAAUCGCGACUUACGAUGCGACAACAGACAUGGGAAUCCCGGCUCUGGUCGGUUUCAUCAACGAGGAGUUUUGUGGUUGAUUACGCUAGCUUUCGAGAAAUCUGAAAUUUUCUCCAAAUUCAGAUUUGCCACUCUCUGAACGAUGCAACGCAGUUGUCACCGAUCUCAGCAGAUUCUUGGGAGAUGACGCCUUCAAACAGUUCAUUGACUAUAAGGACAAGGUACUUGGAAAAGCGAGAGAUCAGCGAAGGCAUGAAGAGACGCCAGAGAAGCAGAUAAUCUAUUUUUCUUUGUCGUUUCUGCAGGAUAUUGCUGAUUCACGGCUAGCUUGGGACUCUAACGUGGGGCCUGCCUGCGCUCUCGACGAUCCAGGCACUAUCUCGUGCAUUAUCGUGUCAGGACCCUUUUUUUGAGGGCUCAAGCCAACCGUGAAUCAGCUAUAUGCUUUAUAGCCUUCUGUUAGAAGAUCGAGGUAUAAGAGAUACUUGAAGAGACGCCAGAGAAGCAGAAAAUCUUUAUUUCUCUGCCGUUUCUACAAGCAGAUGCUCUUCGCUCAUUUUUCCAACUAAUUUGAGUGUCCUUCUGCUAGAAAAUCGAUAUAAUAGUGUUACUUGAAGAGACAUCAGAGAAACAUACAUAUUUUUUUCUCUGGCAUCUCUUCGGGCUAAGUCGCGCUUUUGCCUAAUUUUCCUUGUACCUCACCCUUGAACUGAGAGUCGGAAAAUUCAUUCAUUGAAAAAGUGAGGUCUGAAUAGGCGCCAGAAGGGUGAAGGCAUUUUUUUUCUCUGUUAUCUCUUCGUAUCACCAUUGAUCUCUCACUCUCUCUUUUCUAGCAGUGUAUAUGACUUGAAAUUUUUCUUGGCUCUGCGUCUCUCCGUCUCCUAACCGACAAGGUCAGAGAAACAAGAAAAAAGUACAUCAAAAUGAGAGGGUUGCUGAGAGACGAGGAGAGCGCAGAGAAGUCCCGUCCUUUCAAGCUGCCAAGGACGGACUAUAGCAUCAAAUUUGGGGUCGGAAGAUCGAAAAUGACUGGAUUAGUUCAAGAUUUUGAAAAACUGUUCAGAUCUGGGCACAUGAGCCGUUCAACGGUGGUUGCCCCAACGCUUUUGUGCCGCCCGGCCAGAUGGACGCCUAUCAAGUCAUUCGAGACCCUUUCCAUAAGUGAUAUUGGAAGAAAGACUCCAGAAACAUUGCGAAUUUAGUGUCCACUUUGCUGGAACCGAAUCGGCGACCGAAUGGAUCGGAUAUAUGGACGGGGCAGUUCAGAGCGGCUGGAGGGCGGCUCAUGAGGUGGUUUCAAAAAUAAAGUUCAUUGAAGUUAGGCGAAUACUUAUAGUAUUAGUUCAACGGAAAGUUUCAGUUGGUUACUUCAAAAUUUCGAUCUAUAAAUUUAUUGGAAGAAAUUUAGAUCAAAUUCAAAACCACGGAACUUUCAAAAACCUUUCUUGGUUACUUUAUGAUAACAUAGUUGCUCUGAAGUUCUCGUGAACGGACUGAAGGAAAAAAACGCUCAUAAGGUAGUUUUUCGAGAAAAAAACAUAUUUUUUUAAAGGGGUUUUUCAGUGAAAAAAAUAACAAAAAAAUAAACCCAACUCUGAGCAAAGAGAGGACCUCAGAGGACCAUUUAUAGGAACGAAAAAGCUUACAAAAAAAUUGACUCCCUCAAAAAUUUUUGUGAAUUUUUCGACUGCAGAAAUAUUUUUUUUGUCUGUGUAAAUUCUUCAGUUCCAGAAAUAUAAAGCUAGAGUUUUUCCUAUUUUUCAAUUUUUUUGACUCCUUUAAUAGGGUUUUUUACCAAGCAAUGGUAGAAUUGUGGAGUGGGAAAGACUUCUUAGGACGUUGGUUCAAAUCUCUUAGUGGUUUUUGCUAUUUUUUUCGACAUAUCGUAAAAGUAUGGAUUUUGGUUAGGAACUCAAUAUCGCGUUGCCAGUGAAACGAUUGCUUUUCUUCAUUUUUUCAAAGUUGACUCACAUUUUUUAGGUCUUGAAAUGCAUGGAAAAGGACCGACUGAUCUGCUACAAUUAUUUGGUACAGUUUAGUUUUAAUCAAAAAUUCAUUCAAUUUAGAAAGGAACCAUAUAUGAUAAUGAAUAUGAGAAACCAUCCCCGCCGUCGAAUCACUACGACGAAACUCGAUCCCCGUGGUUUGUACUGUUUAUUUUAUGGAAUAAUGGCGAAAAAAUAUACUUUUAUAUUGCAAGUUUAUCAUUUUCUUCUUGGAAGGCCACAGAAAUUAAUAAUCGAUGAGAUUAUCCAUGGAGCGCAGAAAAACUUACAUUAUGUACUCCAAAGGGAUUCCUUUAGGGGCCAUUGGAGCGUCCCCUCUAGGGACCACUUCACCAACCUCUAUAGGGACUACUAAAGCUUGCAAAGUUGGUCCCUAUAGGGGAUGUGCUAGUCGAUUACCGUUAUGACUUCUGAGCAUAGAAGCAGUUCCAUGAGAAAAACUAAACAAAUAAGCGUUUUUGAAUAAAAUUGAGAGACCCCGAUAGGGACCAUUUGAGCUUUAGGGGCUAAGGGGUCAGACCCUAAAGGAACCACCUCAAUUUUACCCCUAUAGGGAUCACUUUUUCGGUCAUUAUAGGGCCUGUUUGUUACUCGAACCCCUAUAGGGAUCACUCUGGAAUUCCUAAGUAAGAUGAAAUUGUUUAUUAAUUUUUGUCCAUUAAUUAUCAAAAAAUACACUCUAAGCUUAAAAUAACUUUUUUUUUUUAGUAAUAAACUUCUAGCUCGCAGAAAGAACACAGAAAAUCAAAUAACAGUAAACUUUCAACGAAAAUUAGCGAUGGAGCGCACAAACCCCCUUUUUGAAGGUGGCGCCGAAUUUUCUUCACCUCGGCGUUGAUUUUCGGAAUCUACGCCUACAGUAAGAAAUAUCAAUUGUCGAUGGCCGCAAAAGCCGUGAAACCAGUGGAAAAUCGGCUCAUCAAAUGGUUUUUCGACAUCGAAUGGCCGGGGUCCGAGCUGUGA